UUUUCCCAUUUCGAAAUAAACCCUCUCGUCCCGGCCCAAGGUACCUUCUUUUCUUCUCCGAUCACAUCCUGUCUUUUCUCUCUUUCUCUUUCAUUAAAAGCUUCGCUCGUACGACGACCGAGUUCCCAACACUGCUAUAGUUUGUUUACAGCUGUGGACAAUUUAUACGGCAAAGCAUACUGUAUUAAUGCAUUCAUCAAUCCUUUUUUCUGACCCUUUUUCAAUUGUACACAAACCUGCAGUCAGAAUGUCUCACCCCAAAGAUUUAAAGUUCACCUUGAAAGCCAUUAUAAACAAGCAAAAGACUAAGGUUCUUUAUGUGGAGGCCGAUGGUGAUUUUGCAGAUGUUUUGUUGAGCUUCCUGACGUUGCCAUUGGGUACUAUCGUUCGAGUCUUGAACAAACACUAUGGUGAUGAGGCCCCUGUUGUAGGAAGCUUAACCACUUUGUACAGCGGCUUACGCAAUUUGGACAAUGGCCUUUUCUCGUCAGAGGACUGUAAGAACCUGCUGCUCUACCCGAUACGGUCGUCCGAGGUUGAAUGUCGUCGGCUGAAAAUCAACGUUGACGACACGCCGCCCACAAGGUACUUCAGAUGUGGAGGCAUGAUUUGUAGAUUCCGUGAAUCUCCAAAUGUAAGCAUGUACUUCAGGGGACUGAAAUGCGAUUGUGGGCAACCGUUGGACGAAAAAAUUUACGUGAGAGGUGUGGAUGAUGGUGGCGGCGGGGUGUUUAUUGCAAGUAAAGCAUCAUUAAUCAUAUCUGAUGAUCUUCAAGUAUUGCCUAACGUGAUGAGUUCCGCUAUGCAAAUUCUCCGCAACUUAGGCAUUAUGGAUACAGUCGGGAUCGAGGAAAGGAGUGUAACUUUCGGAUUCAAUGAGAUAAUGGAUUUGCUGAAGGGGUCAUUAGUUUCUCGGGCACCAUUUACGGAACUUAUUCUCGAUAAAAACCCGAUGAACCAUGUUGCGAUGAAGUGCGAGAUAGGUUUCCUGCCAGUUGAUCUGAUCAAGCAACUAGCUGAAACUUGCAGUGCUAAUAAAAUGACUGUGAACGCCAUUGUAUCGGCUAAUAAGCUAUUAUUUGCUGAAGUUGAUGCUAGUUUUGUGGAUUUCCUAUUUAGUUUGCUGGUUGUUCCCUUAGGAAGGGUCGAGUGCCUACUGCGCUGUGACACAUGUCUUAAUAACAUUGACAAUUUGCACAAAAGCGUAGAGAAUAAGAGUGCUGAAAAGACAAAUGCAAAGCCAAAGCCCAGCUACUCCAUCCAAAGUAUAGGCUGUCUGUCACCUUUGCAGUCGGUGAACUCAUCAGGUGGCUGUUUGGUGAACUGUUAUAAGUUUCCGGAAAAUGAAGUGGCCUACUCUAGUAGUCAGUACCUUCCAUGGCAGGAAAAAUAUGUUAAACGAAAUACUAUGUAUAUGGUGACUGACGAUUUAACUGUGACUCCCUUGUCUUCCUUCUCGGGCUUUUCAAUUCUUAACAGCCUCAAAAUCCCAUUAUCUGAAGUCAAGGAACUCGAGCUGGUUGUUGGCUCUGAGCAUACUGAAAGCAUCUCUGACUUCGUCUCGCGCCUUAACCGAUGGUCUCAUCAAUCCAUUUUUAAGGAAACAAUUGAAGCAAGAGGGAUAAGGAUUCAUACAAGAUCCGAGCUGGGCUCGUGCAAUAAUACAACAAUGUCUGCCCCUAAGGAUGUUCAGUUCACAUUGAAAGUCAUGAUAAAUAAAGAUAAAACUAAGGUUCUCUUUGCAGAGGCCGACAGCUAUUUCACCGAUGUCUUGUUGAGCUUCUUGACACUGCCAUUGGGAAAGAUAGCGAAAGUCGUCGUGGAACACUAUGGAGACAACACACUGGUAGUCGGGAGCUUGACCUCUUUGUACAAUGUGACAGGUAAACAAAUGCUGCUAAACCCGAGAAGCGUUUUUGAUAAAGAAUGCCGAAAACUGAAGCUGAAUCUUUGUGAUUCCGAGCCCACCAAGUACUUCACAUGCGGACAGUCGUCCAGUGGGAACCACAAUUUCAGCAUGUACUAUGAUAGUGUUAGAUGUGAUUGUGGGAAAACUAUGAGCACAGAAACAAAAUUAAGAUCAUCUGAGACUGUUGAAGAUGGUGAUGAUCGAGCUUUUUGCACGAAAGAUGCUUCCUUUAUAAUCAGUGAUGAAAUGCGUGUGGCGCCUUAUGUGGUGGGGUCCGUCUUGAGAAUUCUUGUGGAACUUGGUAUUACGGACACCAAAGGGGCCGAGAUGAGGAGUGUGACGUUCGGAUAUAAUGAGGCGAGUCUUGAUUCUAUUAUUAUAGAUUUGCUAAAAGGCAUACUCGUAUCACGGACUCCUUUGACCGAUAUCAUACUUGGAAGAACUCAAAAUAACUCUGAAGUUCAGAAGAAGAUCGAACCUGGAGUUUUUAUACCAAAGACUGAGGAAGCAGCUGCUUCUAACUCUGAGAAGAUGAUGAUACUAAAAGUUGUAAUGCAAAGGUCUACACGAGUGUUUCUUUUUGCGCAAGCCAAGGGCGAUUUUGCCGAUUUUCUCUUUAGUUUGCUCACGAUCCCACUCGGUGGAGCUUUGUCGCUUCUGGGGAGCAGCACUGGUGUUACAAGUUUAGACAAUUUAUACACUAGUCUAGAAAAUAUCAAUGGUGACAAUCACUUGAAGACUAAAGAUACAAUGACCAAAUUACUGAAUACCCAACUACCUGUCGGAUAUAUGUCCCCAAGCCAACUUUUCCCUCUAACCGAAGUAGGAUUUCCUGAACUUCAUUUUGUUGGAAACACUGGAUUUCCUGGGAAUAUUGAUUAUUUGUCUCCUUCAACUGUGACAUAUACAUAUAAAGCGUUUCGUUCUUGGACUGAUCGUGCGUAUGUGGCACAAAGAACGUCCAAUUUGCUUCGUCUCAAGUUUCCAAAAGGCAAUGAGAAUUAUGUAAGAGUGCCAACAACGUAUAUGGUGACGGAUGAUUUAACCGUUACUCCAUUGUGUGUGACCUCAAGCCUUUCUAUUUUGGACCGGCUGGGAAUUCCGUUGUCUGAUGUGGAAGAAUUGGAGCUUAACAUUGGAUUGGAAGAGGCUCUGAGCAUUUUGAAGGCAUCUCUUGCCUCUAAUUCGGCGCUGACCAAUGGCCUUUUCGGACCAUCAUUAAGAAAAGAAAGAACGAAAAAAGUUUCCUCAUGUUUCCAGUUGGGGAUUGGAAGAACAUGCUGCUCUAGUUGUUUACAGGUGAGGAAAAUUUAUACGGCAAAGCAUAAUUCAUUAAUGUUCACCCUGAAAGCCAUAAUAAACAAGCAAAAGACUAAGGUUCUUUAUGUGGAGGCCGAUAGCGAUUUCGCAGAUGUUUUGUUGAGCUUCCUGACGUUGCCAUUGGGUACUAUUGUUCGAGUCUUGAAAAAACACUAUGGUGAUGAUGCCCCUGUUGUAGGAAGCUUAACCACUUUGUACAAUGGCUUACGCAAUUUGGACAAUGGCUUUUUCUCGUCAGAGGACUGUAAGAACCUGCUCCUCAACCCGAUAAGGUCGUCCGAGGUCGAAUGUCGUCGGCUGAAAAUCAACAUUGACGACACGCCGCCCACAAGGUACUUCGAAUGUGGAGACAAAAAAUGUCAAUUUCCGACUCUAAGCAUGUGCUUCAGCGGAUUGAAAUGCGAUAAUGGAUUUGCUGAAAGGGUCAUUAGCUUCCCGGGCACCAUUCACGGAACUUAUACUCGAUAA